AUGCAUAGAUUCAAAAAGAAAAUGAGUCCAAACUGUUUUGAAACGACAACUGCAAGGACACAUAACGAUAUGACAUCAUCAUCAUCAGCUACUCAAUCAUCAACGACGAUAUCUUCAUCACCGUCAUCGAGCUCAUCUAUUCCACUCGUACCAUCAUCAUCUCUACAUAAUAAUAAUCAUCACACAGGUGGUCAUAUAACAUGUGUUAUCAUUGGUGAUUGCGGUGUCGGUAAAUCUUCAUUAGUUGUAAGUUAUACAACAAAUGAUUUUCCAACGCAAUAUGUACCAACUGCAUUCGAUAAUUAUUCUGUCGACGUGUCGGAGGAAAGUGUCGUUAAUCCUUCAUCAUUUCAAAAUGCAAUCACAUAUUGGCUGUCGCGUGCACGUCGUUCCAAUUCGAAAAUUCCAAUCAUACUCGUCGGUACACAAAUGGAUCUUCGAUCAGAUCUACAAACGUUGUUAACACUCGAUCAACAAAAACUUAAACCGGUGACUGAGAAAGAAGCACGCGCACGUGCACAAGAAAUGCACGCUUGUAGUUAUAUUGAAUGUUCAGCAUUAACAGAAAAAAAUCUUAAAACUGUAUUCGACACCGCUGUACUAACAGCGAUUGAAUUUCGUGAUGCAAGUACGACACUACCGGCUUCGACAGCAUCCAUUGUACCUCUACUUGAAGAACAAAAACAAGAACAAACAUCAGCCAAGCCGUCCCGAUCCCGAUCCCGUCAUCAUCAUCAUUCAACCAAAACGUGGAGAAAAUUGGUUUCGGGCUGUAUAGGUGUCUGA